GAGAGAGAUGUAGUAAGAGGCGGGGAUCAACGGCGCAGGAGCGAAACGGAAAAUCCGUCUUCGACAAUAAGCAUCAGUCUCCGUGCCGAUCUGAAGCUGUUUAUACGGACACGUCGAUCUUAUAUGCAACAUUAUUUUUAAAAAAAAGGGGAAUCGAGCGGAAACAAGAUGUUUUUGGAUAAGAGUUAGAAGUGGAACUUGGGUAGCCGAAGUCUUGGGCGUAUCUCCACUUUUGUUCAUUUAUUUUCGAACUGAAAACAGGCGACGCUGAGCGCAUCUGAUCUUCUCCGAGCGCACGGUGCUGAUGAGGGUUUUGUCGGUGUGAUUCGUGCGCGAUGGCCGCUUCGGGCGGACAGAAGAGUGAGAAGUUAGAUGAAGCUCAGGCUCUAGCCAGGAGUUGCGCAGGGCGACCGGACUUUCUGCCCUGCGAUGGACUAUCCAUCUGCGCCACACACAGCCACGGGAAGUGUUUCAAGCUGCACUGGUGCUGUCAUCUGGGUUGGUGCCACUGUAAAUACGUCUACCAACCCAUGACCAGUGUAUGCCAGCUUCCCAGCACACCAGUUCCAGUUGCCCCCUCAGGUCACAGCCACACCAUGAACCUGUCCAUCUCCCUGGCUGAGCGCUUUCUCAGGACGGCUCCCAAGUUCCGGGCUCCACCCUGCCCAGAGUCUCCCAAGUUCUGCGUCAUCUCUGACCUCUUUGUGGAUGAUUACAUGGUCAAACGUAUCAACGGUAAGAUGUGUUAUGUGCAAAGGCCGCCUCCACCUACACCAAAUCCCACACACCAACCCCAAACGCCGGCAUCUCAACCUGCACCCCAACGUACCAACAAGCACAGAGGGCAAGCUGGCCCAACUGUUAAACACGACCAACCAAACGAGAAGAUCUCAGGCCCUAAAAUGGACCACUGCUCCUCUCCCUCCAGCUCAGAAGACUCUGGAAUUAAUGCGUUGGGUCUGCACUACAUGGAAUCAUGCGAUGAGGACUCCUGCGUGGAUGAUGAUGACGAGGAAGAAGAGGAUGACGACCUGAGUACCGAUGGGGACUCCAGUCCCGGUAGCCUCUGGGACCAGGAUGAGUGCACUUUACUGUCACCGUCCAAAUCAAUGGUUGAGAUCAUUGAGAAGAUUGAGACUACAGUUUGACGUGCCUGUCAGUUAAUGCCACAGUUGAAAUUCUUUAGUCAUGGAAACACUUCCCUACACUAUCCUAUCUGCAGGUGCAUGAGUUCAAUGAGCCAGUGAAAGCACACACUCCCUGUUAUGGCAAUGCCAUCCGAGGUUGUCCCAGAAAACCCCUCGAGAGAUGAGUCAUGGAGACUUCUCUCCUGUACUUACUACAACUCUCAUUUUCCCUAUAGUCUGUUACGCAUGGUGAGGCUAAUGUAGGUUACACUCAAGUAAGUGCACCGACAAACAUAUCGUGAGGACUCUGACCAAAUGGGACUCAAUACAUGAUAGAAUAUUUCAUGGAUGAACAGAUGUAUCAAAGUCGAACUCAAAAGUAUGAGGCUACCCAGGGUAUGUCUCUCCCUAGAGAGCUCAGCCACACUCUGUCCAAUGCAUAGAAGCGGAAGAGGGGAUGGCUGAUGCAAUAUGGAGAGAUCUAGACUAAGACAGUUGGUGUGUGGAGAGUGCUACAAAGAUAGGAGGAGAAAGAGUGAGGCAGAGAAAGAGAGGCUUUCAAUGUCCUGAUAGCAGGAUCAGUUAGAACAGUGGCUAAAUCAUGCAUGAGCUCAGAGAACAGUAAUGAAACUUUGUGAUGAAAGGCGAUUGAAGCUCCGUGCUUGAGGGAAUGCCCUUUCGCUCAAAUUCUCUCACACACAGUAAUUCCCUACAGGCUCAGCCAAGGGUACAUGAGGGUUUCUUGUCUGGAACCAGACUAUGUGGGAAGGACCAAUCCUCCCAUCCUCAUACUUCUCAAGGUUUGUGGCUUCUUUGGGUAUGGAAUACAACUUUUUGACAAUCAGUUAUAGAAAAAGUAGAUUCAAGAUAAAUUGAGAAAAAGAAAAGAAGUUUUUUCUCCCAGGAACCUCAUUGUGAUGGGCAUUUGUUCCAUUUUGUCAAGCGUCUGCACCACUUUGAAGUAUGUGGUGUUACAUUGACAAAGCCAAAGGUCUACUUAGGGGCUGUUCACACAAGGGACAGGGUCUUGCGUCCAUCUGAUAGACAGAUGUUAUUUGUCCUUACAGAACAUCUCGCUGUUUUUUUGUUUUGUUUUUUUUUCUGCAGAAGAAAUAAGUCAUAUUUGGCAUUAAGGUCAGUAAAUGAUGACAGAAUUUUUGGAUGAACUAUUCCUUCAAUAUGCCACAUCAAGUUAUGACUGUUUUAAAACAGAACAAAUCUGAGGAUUUAGGCAGGAUAUGUUUUGAGGGUUUAUAUUAAGAACAAUGUAGAAAAAAAAAUAAUGUAACAUUUACAUUUGUGCAUUUUGGAGAUACUGUUUCCAAAGCUUGCAUUGCAUUUAAGGUAUAAUCUUUUUUGAGUGCAUUCCAAGGGAAUCAAACCCAUGGCCUUGGUGUUGCUAGUGCCAGGCCUGGUCAGGAAUGCUAUAAACCAGUCUUCAGGUCAGUUCGGUUGCCCCUGUCUAGCUGAAUUUAACGCAAGAACACACUCUGUGUGAAGCGCCCCUUAGUGUCACUGAAAUCACAUCUUUGAGACCUUCACUGGCUGCAACAGUUUCAGUUUUUCUUUAGGGUCUAAGAACAUUUUCUUCAUUCAGACUUGACAUAGCAUCUCCAGGUCUCAUUUAAUUCUUGUAUUUAAGUUCAUCUUCAUUGUAUUGAGACCAACAAAUAAAACCCAAGCACAGUUAUAGACUGGCCCAAAAUGUAGAAGAAAAAAAGUAUGUCAGGACCUGUGUGUCAAGAAGUGCUUCUUUACCCUGGUUUAUUAAGCACAUGAAACCAUUCCAAUGUGUUUGUUUUCUUUGAGGACUUGCCUUUGGUGUCAGCCAUGUUGUAGACCCAAUCCUGUUCCCAGAAAUAUACCUACACCUGCAAAGCUCAGCUCCUACCCUGAUCAAACACAAUUGAACCAGCUAAUUAAGAUCUUCAGGAGCACUUGAUAAUAUAAUAUCCCCUGUUGUAGACAAAGACUACAUCCGAAAUUGCACACUUUCAUACUAUAUAGUAGGUGAAAAAAGAAGUAUGUCUGAAUUCACAGUACUCAUAAAAGAGUAAGCAAAAAGUACCCGGAUGGCCUACUUCUGUAGGUGAGACUUGGUGAGAUUCUGUAGUGUGCAUACGAUGGACACGGGAGGCCACGGGAGAGGAUUUGUGAAUGGCAGUGAAGUGAUGCAACUGAUGCUGGUAGGUCAAGUGAUAAUGACAAUGUAGUAGGUCUGGAUUACAUUCAUACUAUUAGAACAUACUUUUUUAGUGGUUGUGAUGUAAUUACUUAUUCAAAAUAAGUACCUCCUCAAUGUGAUUUCAGAUGAAGCCUAAGUGUCUGAUCCCACUGCUGUCACUGCUGAGGUGGAAUACAGUCCUACAUGAAAUUUAAAUAACUGCACAGAGAAUUCACACAUCAAUGUCUUGCUCCAUUAUUGUUAAAGGGAUUGCAACUGUGUAAACCAAAAAAGUUAUGACAGUAUAUUUGCUAAUUAUGGGGCUACGCACUGAGACUGCCAAGGAUGUACUUGCUGGAUGAAAACCAAUUGAAACUUUAUUUCAAGUUAUGGCUCAAAAUGUGACACUAGCUUACAGUUUGCCAAACCUAUGUAAUAUAUAAGCACAUAUGUAACUUCACUGCCUGAACAAAAUGAUCAAUUUUGGAGCUAUGCUGAAAAUCUGAUGGAAACCGAUCAUCACUGAAGGACCACAAUCCAUAGAUGGUGCAGGUGUGAUUCUCUCCUUGUUACAGAAAGAAUGAAUAUGACUAUCCCUGUUUCUGCAGUUUCAUAUCAGGGACUGAUACUGUAGCUACAAAUAUAUACUGUAGAUACACAAAUGUUUAGCAAAUAUACCCAUUUUCUCCUUUUUUUCUUCAAUUAUUGUUAACUCACCACUUAUUUUUUCUUAUAAAGAAAUAUUGAAAAUAA